UAAUUAAAUGUUAAAUUGGGCCUGGGAGGUUUAAGCCCAAUAUAGAUGGUAUACGGCCCAAAUGAUCCGGGCCGAUAACGACGCCGAUCGAUAUUGCGGUGGUCUUGGACUCUUGGCUGCCUGCCGCGAGACGAAUCUGAGAUCCCGUCAUCGGGAUCUGAAAGGGGGACAAAGAAAAUGGGGGCAGAAGCUGGGAAAAGUCGGGAGGAAGAAGAAGCGGAAACCAACAUUCGUAUGCUACCUAGUCUUCCCAAUCCAAACCCUAACUCUAUCACACAGGCUCAAUUUCUCGCCUGGAAAAGUCGAAAGGAUGCUGAUGCUUCCGCCAAAAAGGCCGAAGCAGCAAGAAAGCGAGCAGAGGACAUAGCUGCUGGAGUGGUUCAGAUGAAUGGUCGGGAACUGUUUGCCCAUGAACCCUGGGUUUUCGACAACACUCAGUACUAGGAUUCAAUCCUCUUGGGAAUGUUGGAUAUUUCUUGGUGAGACAUUUAGUGGAGAAUUGGGACACCAAACAAUUACCUCAACUUUGCAAUAUAUAUAUAUAUAUAUAUUAUGGUUCAAAUGUAAUAGUAAGGAGUGGCAAUUUAUAUGUUUUGCUUGAAGCCAAAUAGAUUAUGAUUUAUGUGAAUCUAAUGGAUUUGAUUUGCGUCGACCCUUUGUAUAUUUGGAUCACAACUCAGUUAGAUUUGACGUUAUUUUGGAUCAUUUAGGGUGUACUUGCAUAUAUUUAUAUAUGCAUAUAUGCUGUAUAUUUUAACUUUUAAUCAAACGAUAUUCAAGUAUAUAUGAUUAUUCCACAACAAAUAUUAUAUUAAGACAA